AUGAGUGAUACGGGAGAUACUAAUAGUAGGACCCCUACCCCUGAAUUGGAAGAUAGAGAGGAAACCUCCGAGAACCCUCUCCCUGCUCCACGUCACAGUCUUCCUGUUAGGUUUGCAAAUCCACAAGUUCCAGAAUCCGAACGACCUGUUGCGGAAAUUUCUUGGGAUAAUCUUUUUAUCAACCAGACCAAUGAAAUCAUAGAAUUUAACGAGACGUUGUUGCAAAACGUUAACCAAACCUUAGCUUCCGUAGAUAACGUGCUUGUUCAUACGAGCCAUACCUUGCAUACAAAUAUUUUAGAUCAGACCAUCACGAUGGCCGAUGACGGGUCCCUUCUACAACCAAACAACAUCGAAACAGGAGAUUCCCGACAGAACGAAAAUCCAGUGAUCAACACCUCAACACAGAACAACCCACAAGUAUCCUAUCACAAUCUGGGAAAUCCGUAG